AUGGCUCUGGGUGACAUCUUCUCGCUUUUAUUCACUACUGCACUGUUCGUCGGGACUAUCGUCGGUGUGGUCAUUGCCUUUCAAAAGAUCUCGAACGCCAUAGACAACACCAAAGCACAGCUGAAGGAUAAAGGCUGGCAUAUCUCAGAAUCUGGUGUGUCUGUCAAGACGGAUAAGCGGAUGGUGACGCAGGAGGAUCAAGUCGAUGCGGCUCAACGUGGUAUGUUCAAGGCGAUGAACGCGGCUUCCUUCCGCAAGGGCGCAGGCGGCGACGUCACAAGCCCCGAGUCCUCGCCACAACUCGGUGUGCCUCAAGCCAACCGCUCGCUCUCGCGCAGCAGCUCGCGUUCAAGCCUGGGUGGAGACGGCAUUGAGGAAAAGAAAAGCCGUCACCGUUUCCGCCGCAACAAAGAUUCCGUGACUUCGUGA